AAGUAUUAGUCAUUCCACAAUGGAUCUUCUAUCAAUCACCAGUUCCAGUCAUCUUCAGAGCAGUUCACUCAUAUCUUUGGUGAACUUUAUCGCCAUUAACUAUUUCUCCGAAUUCUACACCGUAUGUGUCAUCAAAAACUCGCUUGAUAACAUCCUACUCAACGUGCCAGUCCCAUCGGUGGUCAUUACAGUGAAUCCCAACUUCAACGAAACUUUCCAAACCGCCGUCGACGACGGUUGUCAAGCAUUCAUAGUAUCCGAACGGGCAUUGUUCACAUUCCUGGAUGCGUUUGUCGAAAUUCACGACAUCUCGGAUCAACGAUCAGCCAACAAGAGACUGAUGAUUCUGAUGGACUCGCACGAUGAAUCGUUUCUGGAUAGAAUAACGAAGCAUCGGAAUACGGUGGAGCUACCCAACGUGUUAAUUGUGAUUCCGCGCCGUGCGAACGAUUCCAUCGCUCUCUAUACCACGAAACUGUCCAACAAUGGAACGAGAAGCACCAAAACUGUGGAGAUCGAACCAGUCUAUGAUUCCAAUUACUUUCCGGAUAAGUUCAGCGACAUGCACGGUAUUCCUAUUCAUCUCUGCACACUCAUGUAUCCACCGUAUUCAUACUACGAAGAAACGGUACCAGAGAAAGCCAACGCUCAAUACGAGGCAUCGUUCAACGAGGAUAUGCCUCUUUUUCUGGAUGGAACGGAGGCUACCUUGGUCCUUGAAUUCUGCCGCAAAUAUAACUGCAAUGUGGAGGCUUCUUUUGACGAGAUCUUCCUGUGGGGUAAUGCAUACGAUAACCAUACGGGAGUGGGACUGUAUGGUGCAGUCGUCGAACGCCGGGCUGACAUUGCUGUGGCUGCUCUCUACUACUGGCUAGAACCGUACAAGUUUGCUACGUACACUCAACCAAUCAGUCGAUCCGGAGUUACAGUCUUGGUCCCAAAACCUCGUAUUCUACCACCAUGGCGAACACCGUUCCUUUCCUUUACCUUGUCACUGUGGACCGCAGUACUCGUAGCAUUCUGCGUUGGAGUUUUGGCCGUAUGGUUGAUCGAAAAGGUUCGCUUCAGUAUUUUGCAACCAGAUGAACUGCCGGUCACGUUCAGUGACUCAGCGUUGACGAUGAUCGGCUUCUACUUGGAGCAAAAUGCUCAAAUGCGCACUGAUCUAAUGUCAUGCAUUCUGCUGUUCACCUCACUACUGUUUGCCGGUUUUAUGAUCGGCAAUUGCUAUGGCGGUGGCUUGGCUAGCGUUAUGACCAUUCCUGAGUACGAGAAAUCUAUCGAUACGAUCGUUGAUUUAGCAGAUAGUGGAAUGCCAUGGGGAUCCCAUGUUGAGUCGUGGAUAUACUCAAUUCUUACGGCUCCACAGCCUCACAUGAAAAAGUUGGUCAAAACAUAUCGCACUGUAAGCAAGGAAUUCUUGGCAAAACACACCAAAAUGCACGAUAUGGGAUUUGUCGGUGAGCGUUCUGAGUUCCAACAUUUCGUACCAGUGGACUUCGUUGAUAGUGAGGCAUCCACGAUGCUGCAACUGCUGAAGGACGAUCUCUUCUGGGAAAGCGUAAGCGCACUUGUUACAAAAACGUGUCCGUUCAUGCAAAAGUUCAACGAUCUGAUCAUGCAGGUCAAGCAGUCCGGUAUACAGAAAUACUGGGAGUUACAGGUAAUUACGAGGUAUAUUAUUAUAAGGGAAUUCAAAAUGCUUCUAUUCUCGUGGUAG